CUGUAUGAAAAUACUGAACUGCCCAGGAUUAAUUUCGCUUACUGCAACGCUAAAACCAACGGGAUCAGAGAAAAUGAACUACAAUACAUUUUCUGUUUAACCGGAAUUUUGCGUGUGUUUUGAGGAGGGCUUCAUGAGUGCAGCGAUGAAGAGAAUGGCAGCCCUCGUCGGAAGGGCGAUGACGUUACACCGCCCUGACGUUGUCCCGCAUGUCUCCUCUGUGUUCACCUUACCAGCCUGGACCCCCACUCCUCCUCACACCUGCACCCAUGUCCGAUAUCUUGCAGCCAAGCAGGGUAAAGGUUCCGGCAAAAGUCAUAAAUUUAACCAGAAACCACCAAAACCACCGAAGCAGGAGAAGCAGGAGGUCGAGAUAAAACAGCGUAUGACCGUCUCAGAACUUGCCCAAGCCAUGAACAGAGACCUAGAUCACGUGUACGAGGCCCUGCUGAACACGGCCGCAGACUUGGAUGACUUGGAACCGGACUCAGUUCUUGAGGAGGCAUGGAUUAAGGAAGCAGUGAAAACGUCUGGGAUGAAGUACAAGUGGGCUAAGCUGACGGAGACCAAGAUCAGAGAAAACAAAGAGGUCCAGAGACAGCCUCCUCCGGAUCCCGCUGUGUUGGUGUGUCGGCCCCCUGUGGUCACCAUCAUGGGACACGUGGACCACGGGAAGACGACCCUGCUGGACAGUCUGAGAAAGAGCCAGAUUGCUGCUCAGGAGGCUGGAGGCAUCACACAGCACAUAGGGGCAUUUUUAGUCCAGUUGCCAUCGGGGGAGAAGAUCACGUUCCUGGACACGCCAGGACACGCGGCCUUUUCGGCCAUGAGGGCCAGGGGAGCCUUCGUCACCGAUAUAGUGAUUCUGGUGGUGGCCGCCGACGACGGGGUGAUGAAUCAGACCGUCGAGUCUAUACAACACGCCAAAAAAGCCAAAGUGCCUAUCAUUUUGGCUGUGAACAAAUGUGACAAGCCUCAGGUGGAUCCUGAGCGUGUGAAACAGGAGUUGCUGGCUCAUGAUGUGGUGUGUGAGGAGUUUGGAGGGGAUGUCCAAGCCAUCCACAUCUCGGCUCUGAAGGGAGACAAUUUGAUGGCUUUGGCAGAAGCUACAGUAACACUUGCGGAGGUACUUGAGCUGAAAGGUGACCCCACAGGCUUGGUGGAGGGUGCAAUCAUCGAGAGCCGUACUGACAAAGGAAAAGGGCCUGUUACCACGGCGAUCAUCCAGAGAGGCACACUGAGGAAAGGUUGCGUUUUAGUGGCGGGAAAAACCUGGGCCAAAGUGCGCUUCAUGUAUGAUGAGAAUAACCGAUCAGUGACUGAGGCCGGGCCCAGCGUCGCCGUGGAGAUCGUCGGGUGGAAGGACCUGCCCUCGGCCGGCGAUGAGAUCCUAGAGGUGGAGUCUGAGCAAAGGGCUCGGGAGGUGGUGGAGUGGCGCGCCUAUGUGGAGGAGCAGGACAAACUGAAGGAGGAGCUGCAGGUCAUCGAAGCCAAGCAGCGAGAGCACCAGGAGAGCUACAAGAAGGAGCGGGAGGGCAUGGAACACCUCAGCUGGAGGCAAAGGAAAGCUGCCUUGUACCGGGCCAACAAGCACCGCAUGGCUUACAGAGCCAAGGAGAACGUCACCAGCGAGGACCUCAUCCUACCAGUCAUCAUUAAAGGCGACGUGGACGGCUCAGUGGAGGCUAUACUGAACAUUCUGUCAAGCUACGAUGCUAAUGACCAGUGUCGGAUGGAGAUUGUCCACUUCGGUGUAGGAGACAUCUCAGAGAACGACUUAAGUAUGGCGGAAACAUUCUCAGGCAUCAUAUACGGCUUUAACGUUGGGGCGAAUAAAUCCAUCCAGCAGAUGGCGACAAAGAAAGGCAUUCCUGUAAAACUCCACCGCAUCAUAUACAAACUCGUCGACGAUCUGAAAGACGAGCUGAGCAGCAAGCUGCCUCCUGCGAUCGAGGAAAACGUGCUGGGUGAAGCUUCAGUACUGGCCACCUUCAGUGUUAAAGUAGGGAAGAAAAAGGUGCCAGUCGCCGGCUGUAAGGUCCAGAAAGGACAGCUUGACAAGAGGAUGAAAUUCAGGCUCGUUAGAGGCAGGGACGUUGUCUGGGAAGGCUCUUUGACCGCACUGAAACACCACAAGGACGAUGUUCUGGCGGUGAAGACAGGCAUGGAGUGCGGCCUGUCCUUAGAUGUGGACGAGAUCGAAUUCCAGACAGGAGACACGAUAAUGUGUUACGAGGAGUUGGAAGUUCAACAGAAGAUAUCGUGGAAUCCAGGGUUUUAGGGGACAGUCUUGAAUUUUGUACACAAGUACUGAAAAAAUCUCUCCAAAAACAAACAAACAAACAAACAAAAAAAAACCAGAGAAAAUGGUAUCAAGAAAUCACUGCUGACAACGCUGAGAAAAACGAUGCAGGAUAUCCACUAUCCUCGUUCUUGAUGGCAGAACU